AUGAGGCGGGUGGCGCCAGCGAUGAUCUUCUCCGCCUCCGCCGCCGGCGCCGACGCCGCCGCCGCCGACGCAUUCGUGGAGAAAUCCCUCCCGAACGGGGACCUCUACCGGGGCGGCUUCGCGGGGGGCGCGCCGCACGGCAAGGGCAAGUACGUGUGGGCGGACGGGUGCAUGUACGAGGGGGAGUGGCGGCGCGGCAAGGCCUCCGGAAAAGGCCGCUUCUCCUGGCCGUCGGGCGCCACCUUCGAGGGCGAGUUCCGGGCGGGGCGGAUCGAGGGGCAGGGCGCCUUCGUGGGGCCCGACGGCGCCACCUACCGCGGCGCCUGGGCCGGGGACCGCCGCCACGGGGCCGGCGCCAAGAGCUACGCCAACGGGGACUACUACGAGGGCCACUGGCGCCGCAACAUGCAGGACGGCCACGGCCGCUACGUCUGGGCGGCCGGCAACCAGUACGUCGGCGAGUGGCGCGCCGGGGUCAUCUCCGGCCGCGGGGUGCUCAUCUGGGCCAACGGGAGCCGCUACGACGGGGUGUGGGAGAACGGGGUGCCGAGGGGCACGGGCGUCUUCACCUGGCCUGACGGUAGCCGCUACGUCGGCUCCUGGCCCCGCAGCUGCGUCGACCUGCCCGCCAUCAGCGGCACCUUCUUCCCCCCCGUUGGCGCCGGCGCAGUUCGAAAGCGGUCCUCCGUCGAGGGGGUUGGGGACAAGGUGGCCGCCGUGCCGCGGAUCUGCAUCUGGGAGUCCGAGGGCGAGGCCGGGGACAUCACCUGCGACAUCGUCGACGCGCUCGAGGCAUCCAUGCUCUACCGGGAAGCCGCGCCCGCUGGUGCUGGCCCGACCUACGCCAGGACGCAGCGCAGCGUCCGACGAGGACCCAACCCUGCCCCGUGCUGGUCGUCCUCAGCGGCCACCACUCCCGAGGGGAAGCGGCCUGGACAGACCAUCUCCAAGGGCCAUAAGAACUACGAGCUCAUGCUGCAGCUGCAAUUGGGCAUCAGGCAUUCGGUGGGGAAGUCUGCUGCCGUGCCGAUGCGGGAGCUGGAACUGGCAGAUUUCGAUCCCAGGGAGAAGUUCUGGACAAGGUUCCCGCCGGAGGGCACAAAGGUCACACCACCGCAUUCCUCCCCAGAUUUCCGGUGGAAGGACUACUGCCCCAUGGUGUUCAGACAUUUGAGGAAGUUGUUUGCGGUUGAUCCGGCGGAUUACAUGCUCGCCAUCUGUGGAAAUGAUGCCCUCAGGGAGCUGUCUUCGCCUGGGAAGAGCGGGAGUUUCUUCUAUCUCACCCAAGAUGAUCGGUUCAUGAUUAAGACAGUGAGGAAAUCAGAAGUCAAGUUACUGAUCCGGAUGUUGCCUAGCUACUUCAGACAUGUCAGUCUAUAUGAUCACUCUCUAAUCACAAGGUUCUAUGGUGUCCACUGUGUAAAACCUGUUAAUGGACCCAAGGUCCGUUUCAUUGUCAUGGGAAAUUUGUUCUGCUCGGAGUAUCAGAUUCAUCGCCGUUUUGAUCUUAAAGGUUCAUCCUAUGGCCGAACAGCGGACAAAUUUGAAGAAGAGAUUGAUGAGACAACCACUCUUAAAGACCUGGACCUCAACUUCGUAUUUCGGUUGCGGCGAACUUGGUAUAGAGAGCUGCAUGAGCAACUCCAAAGAGAUUGUGAAUUUUUGGAGUCUGAAGGUAUUAUGGAUUACAGCUUCUUGGUGGGAGUUCACUUCUGUGAUGAUGUAUCUGCUUCAAAGAUGGGCUUCUCUACUUUUACUGCUUCUCCAAAGCUUUCGAUGAAGACCGAGCCAUUUCAAGUUGGUGGUCGUGGCAUGCCAGAGCUGUGCUUCUCAGAUAAUGAUUUUGAUAGGAUACCUAAUUGCCGGAAGCCAUCGAUUAGACUGGGUGCGCACAUGCCAGCGCGGGCAGAGCAGGCAUCCAGAAGAAGCGAGUUCGACCCAUUUCUCCUCAGUGGUGGGGGGUUCCUGGCCGCAAACCAGACUGGCGAAGUGUCCGACGUGAUCCUAUUCUUUGGGAUAAUCGACAUUCUCCAGGAUUACGACUUCACCAAGAGGAUAGAGCAUGCUUACAAGUCGUUACAGACAGAUCCCAAUUCGAUAUCUGCCGUGGACCCGAAGCUCUACUCGAGGAGGUUUCAAGAUUUCAUUGGCAGAAUUUUUGUAGAAGAUGGCUAGAGCUGGGGCAAAGAAAGAUUUAACAGGGAGGAAUUCCAACGAAUCCCGGGGCACACCUGGAAAUUAUCUCAAGGUGAUUUUUGGUAGAUUUUCUGCUGGGCAAAGGAACUCAAUGGUUAUACCAACAAGUCAGCUUCAGCCCCUGGGAUCCCGGUAUUCGUUGACUUAACCGUCGGCGAACUUUGAUCAGCAGUGCCGGGAGAUGGAGUUGCAAAGGAAUUUGCGCAAACUAGCUACCGGAAUCGGAUUGGCUGGAUUUUGAAACACAGCCACAGAGAUCGAAGUGGGCAUCUGUAAAUUUUGUGAUUUGGUGGGCGAGAGAGAAUGGUUCUUCCAGCUCCUUGGCAGCGAUCCCUUUUCUUGUUUUAGCUAGGAUUCCUUUCUCUAGUUUAUUACUUUGCCCCUUUUAUAUAUCUGUUGGAUGUAAAGAAGGGGAUAGGGAAUUUUUGUUUCCGGAAAGAGGGUAUUUAAGGCUGCGGCAGGCAGUGGACAAUAAGACCAUGUACAGAUACAUUUCGAUCCAGAAGAAUGAAUGGUGAAAUGAAUGGGUGGGAUUAGAAUUGAA